GUUUUUCUUUCGUUUCUUUUGGAGCGCUAAAGCGGGGUAGAGACAGCUAGGGUUUCUCUCUCUCUCUCUCUCUCUCUCAGAGUUCCUUCUUCUGCGAGGAGAGGGCACUAGGGUUUCGGACUGGUACAAGGGGGGAGAGGAGGGGAAGAGAUGGCUGAUCGUCUUACUCGAAUUGCGAUCGUGAGCUCGGAUCGUUGCAAGCCGAAGAAGUGCCGGCAAGAGUGUAAAAAGAGUUGCCCCGUCGUGAAAACAGGGAAGUUAUGUAUCGAAGUAACCCCAGCCUCAAAGAUUGCUUUCAUAUCUGAGGAGUUGUGCAUCGGAUGUGGUAUUUGUGUCAAGAAAUGCCCAUUUGAGGCCAUUCAAAUUAUCAAUCUUCCAAAAGAUUUGGAUAAAGAUACAACACAUCGUUAUGGUGCGAACACCUUUAAACUGCAUAGGUUGCCAGUUCCUAGACCUGGACAGGUUUUGGGUUUGGUUGGGACAAAUGGAAUUGGAAAGUCAACUGCUCUUAAAGUAUUAGCUGGAAAGUUGAAGCCAAACUUGGGUCGUUUUAAUAAUCCACCUGAUUGGCAGGAAAUUUUGACUUAUUUUAGAGGCUCAGAGCUUCAGAAUUAUUUUACUCGUAUUCUGGAAGAUAAUCUUAAGGCAAUUAUCAAGCCUCAAUAUGUUGACCACAUACCGAAAGCAGUGCAAGGAAAUGUGGCUCAGGUGCUUGAUCAAAAGGAUGAAAAGCAGAUGAAAGCAGAGCUUUGCGAUGAGCUCGAGUUAAAUCAGGUUAUAGAUAGGAAUGUUGGUGAUUUAUCAGGUGGAGAGCUUCAACGGUUUGCUAUUGCAGUGGUGGCAAUUCAGAGUGCAGAAAUAUAUAUGUUUGAUGAGCCAUCAAGUUAUCUUGAUGUGAAACAGAGGUUAAAAGCUGCACAAGUUAUUCGGUCAUUGCUUCGGCCUAACAGCUAUGUGAUUGUGGUUGAACAUGAUCUUAGCGUCCUAGAUUACCUUUCGGACUUCAUUUGCUGUCUCUAUGGGAAGCCAGGCGCUUACGGGGUUGUAACACUUCCUUUCUCUGUUAGAGAAGGUAUUAACAUAUUCUUAGCAGGAUUUGUUCCGACUGAAAAUCUUCGGUUUCGUGAUGAGUCUCUUACUUUUAAGGUUGCAGAGACAGCACAGGAAAGUGCUGAAGAGAUACAAACUUAUGCAAGAUAUAAAUAUCCAACAAUGACAAAAACACAGGGAAAUUUUAAACUUCGUGUUGUUGAGGGUGAAUUUACUGACUCCCAGAUUAUUGUAAUGCUGGGGGAGAAUGGGACUGGGAAGACCACAUUUAUCCGAAUGCUGGCUGGUCUUUUGAAACCUGACUCAGUGGAGGGCUCGGAGUUGGAAAUACCUGAGUUCAAUGUUUCUUACAAACCACAAAAAAUAAGUCCAAAGUUCCAGUCAACUGUUCGGCACUUGCUGCAUCAAAAAAUCCGAGAUUCUUAUAUGCAUCCCCAAUUUGUGUCAGAUGUCAUGAAGCCACUCCAAAUAGAACAGUUAAUGGACCAAGAGGUCAUCAAUCUAUCUGGUGGAGAAUUGCAGAGAGUAGCAUUAUGUCUGUGUCUUGGCAAGCCUGCGGAUAUAUAUCUGAUUGAUGAGCCAAGUGCAUAUCUGGACUCAGAGCAGCGUAUAGUGGCUUCUAAAGUCAUAAAGCGAUUCAUCCUUCAUGCUAAGAAGACUGCGUUUGUGGUGGAGCAUGACUUUAUAAUGGCAACAUACCUUGCUGAUCGAGUUAUUGUUUACGAGGGGAUACCAUCUUUGGAUUGUGUUGCUAAUGCUCCCCAGUCCCUCUUGACGGGGAUGAAUCUUUUCUUGUCGCAUUUGGACAUUACUUUUAGAAGAGAUCCGACCAACUAUAGGCCCCGCAUAAACAAGCUUGAUUCUACCAAAGACAGGGAACAGAAGGCUGCUGGUUCCUAUUACUACCUGGAUGAUUGAAAUAGCACCCUUUGCAGGUUCCAGCUUGCCCAUCUGGGAUUCUAGUGGCAGAUCUAACUCUGCUGGUUGUAUACCUUGUUGAACCGUCAUUUGACGAUGGUGAUGAUGCAGUCUGCUCGACAAAGAGGCCUAAUUGAAGUAUAUUCUUGAUGUUCAGUUUUUCCGGAGUUCCAUAGCAACAAAUGUUGAUCUUUCGUUAGUGCUAUUCAGACGGGUGAUGUCUUGAAGGAUGCUGCAUUUUGAGUUUUUCACCUCCAUGUAUACUGUUGAAGGCUUUUGAGAAGUUUGCUACAUAUGUCCCAUGGUUAAGUGCAGGGGCAGGAAUUGAGUUUUGGUCGGUCAAUAAGUUGAAAUUAGAAAAGUCCAUUUGACAAUCAUAUGUCCUUGAAAAUUCUUGGUGUGAAUUUGUAGUCUUCCUUUCUUCUUUCCCAUUGCAUGAAAGUAUUUGACA